AUGCAGGAACAUCUGGCUGGACACAUAAUGGAAAAGAAAAGGAAGCGUGAUAUGUUAGAUGAGCAAAAUCCAUACCGACCACAUUAUAAAGCUCAUGAGGAAGAUAUGUAUGCACCCUCCGAGCAUGAUGAUGAGAUAGAAGAAAUUGCACAUCUUCAUUCAAAAGCAAAAGGGAAGGCAAUUCAAGCUACUCAAUCAAAAGCAGCGAUGCCAAAAAUUAAUUCAUACUUUCAACCGAGAACAACAUCGGGAGCUCAAAGGACACUCAAGAGUGUUUUGCAAAGCAAAGAAGUCAACGAGAAGUGUGAUCUUGCCAUUUCUAAGUGGAUGCUUGCCACAGGUAUACCGUUUAAUACGGUUAAUUCCCCUUAUUACCAGCAAGCAAUCGAUGCCAUUACUAGCAUGGGGGCAGGUUAUAAAGGUCCGGGCUUUCAUGAUCUUCGGGGAUAUUUAUUGACAAAAAAUGUUGAGGAGGUAAGAAAGUAUGUCGAUAGCUACCGAUCUAUUUGGAAAGAGACGGGCUGCACGAUAAUGGCAGAUGGAUGGACAUACCAAUGCAGGAGAACUCUAAUUAACUUUUUAGUUUAUUGUCCUAAGGGGACUGUUUUCUUGAAGUCUGUCGAUGCUUCAGAUGCUUCAAAGACGGGGGAGAUGCUUUACAAAUUAUUUCGAGAGGUGGUCUUAUUUGUCGGUCAAGAGAAUGUUGUUCACUUUGUGACAGACAAUGCCGCUAACUAUGUGGCUGCUGGUCACUUGUUGGAGCAAGAGUUCAAGACGAUAUUUUGGUCUCAUUGUGCGGCUCAUUGCAUUAAUUUGAUUCUUAGUGAUAUUGGUAAGUUGGAUGAGGUGAAUGAUAUUGUGACUCAUGCUGCGAAGAUUACCAAGUACAUCUAUAAUCAUUGCUUUUGCAUUGAAUAUGAUGAGAAAAUUUACUGGUGGACGAGAGAUUCUUCGCCCUGCUCCAACUCGUUUUGCCACGAAUUUCAUUGCAUUGCAGAGUAUAUUGGCACAACAAAAUGCAUUGAGGGCUAUGUGCAGAUUAGUGAACCUCUUGUUCGUGUAUUACGUAUUGUUGAUAGUGAUGAAAGGCCUGCGAUGGGAUAUCUGCUUGAAGCAAUGUACAAAGCUAGGGAAGAGAUGUUGAAAAGAUUCAAUAGGAGAAAGAAGAAGCUUGAGCCAUAUAUUAACAUUCUUGAUGCUCGAUGGGAUAGGCAACUGCACAAGAACUUGCAUACUGCUGGGUAUUGGUUGAAUCCUAAAUAUCAGUAUGACUUGACCGAGAUAGAGAAGAAUAGAGGAACGGUUUCUGGUUUGUUGGAUGUUAUAGAGAGAUAUUCUUAUGGAAAGCCCUCAUUGCAAACAAAAUUGACGAGUGAAAUGAAGAUUUUUAAAAAUGCUGAAGGUGAUUUUGGACGAGUAUCUGCAGUAUCUGAUCACACCGUGAUGGCUCCGGAUGAGUGGUGGAUGUGGUAUGGCUCGAGAGCACCAAAUUUACAAAAGUUGGCUAUUCGUGUUUUAAGCCAAACUUGUAGUGCCUCGGGUUGUGAGCGGAAUUGGAGUUUGUUCGAGCAUGUUCAUUCUAAGAAAAGGAACCGACUUGAGCAUCAACGUUUGAAUGACCUUGUUUAUGUCCAUUAUAAUUUGAAGUUGCAACAAAGGAACUACUUCAAGGGUAGAAAUUACGACCCAAUUGAUUUCGAAAAGUUCGCUUCUUAUUCUACUUGGGUACUAGAGGAUGAGCCAACGACCCUAUCAAAUGAAGAAUUGCGAACAUUUAGACGAGAUUUGCAAAUGUGCAUUCAAGAAACUGGAAACGAUGAUUUGUUGAAUUUGAAUUUGGAAGAUCUUGAUAUGGGUGAUGAGGCUGAAGAUAAUAUUGAUGGAGGGAAUGUCAAUGACCGAGGCCAAGAAAAUAUAUUUUUUGGAGCUCCUGAAGCACCAAAUGAUGUUGCAGCUGAAGACAAUAUUCGUGAAAAUUAUGGUGGAGAUUGGAGUGCAUGGAAUUGCUGA